UUUUGUCAGAGGUUAAUAUUGUCACUCCUGCUCUUUUUUGAUUGUUGUUUGCUUGAUAUAUUUUUUUCCAUUCUUCGCGUUUUAGUUUGUGCCUUUAAGUCUAAGAUGUGUCUCUUGUAGGCAGCAUAUAGACGGAUUGUGUUUUUUUUAUCCAUUCUGCCACACUCUGUCUCCUUAUCGGUACAUUUAGUCCAUUUACAUUCAGCUUAAUUAUUGGUAGGAUGAGUUUUAGUGCUGUCAUUUUGAUGUAUUUGUGUGUGUGUGUUGACAGUGUCUUUGUUUCACUUAAUUUUCUGUGCUGAAUCAUUUUUCUUUACAUAUUUUCUUGUCAUUGUUGUUGAUUUUGUAUUUACUGAGUUUUUAUGUUUUUCGUUUUGAUGUGUAGGAUUGUUAGUUCCCUUUGUGGUUGGUUACCUUAAUAUUUACGUCUUUUUUUCUAAGUUUAAACUAACCUUUUAUUUCUUGAUACCACCUUGAUUUCCUCCCCAUAUGAAAGAUCUAUGACUGUAUUACUUAGUCCCUCUUUUGUUUUAAUGUUGUCAUCUUUUACAUAUUGACGUCUCUGUUUCCCUAUUUUCUGUGUUUUAGCUUUGAUUUAGUUUUGUGAUAUCCCUAUCUGGGUUGAUAUCUGGUUGUUUUGCCCUGUGUUCUAGUCUUGGGUUGUUAUCCGAUGUUACUGAUUUUGUAACCAGAGGACUCCCUUUAGUAUUUCUUGUAAUUUUGUUUUGGAUUUUACAGAUUCCCCAAACUUCUGUUUAUCUGGAAAUGCCCUAAUUUUGCCAUUGUAUUUGAGACACAGUUUUGCUGAAUAUGUAAUUCUUGGCUUGUGAUUUUUUUCCAUCAAGGCUUUGUAUAUGUCAUCCCAUUGCCUUCUUGCCCAUGGCAUUUAUUUUCUUUGUUUAUACCUCUUUUUCAAGUAUGUGUGUGUGUGUAAAAUUUACAUACAAUGAAAUAUAUACAUCUUAAGUAUUUAUUUGCGGAGUAUUUUUUUUAACCGUUGCAUCUUACUUAUUACAUUUUCAGUCUCUGUCGUAUCCUAGGAUAAUGAACUUAAAUUGAUUUGUUUAAAACUCUGAACUCCAAGAGGCAUUUCCUAGUUUUGGGUGCCAAGGUUUAGUCAGCAGAGCUUGGUUUCUUCUAUUCUGUUCUUUCAGAACCACAAACGGAAAAUUCCUCAUCUUUUUAGAUGACUUCAUUAUUCCCUUGGUACUUUAUAUUGUUUCUUUUAGAUUUGAGCCAUCUCUUAGGAUAUUCCUAAGAUAUUCCAGGUCAGAACCUCACUCUUGUAUUUUAAUUAUGUGUGGCUUUGUCCUAAGCUGGAAACGGUGGUGGUGUAGUGGUUGAAAGCUACAGCUGCUUUGCAAAAGGUCAGUAGUUCAGAUCUACCAAGCGCUCCUUGGAAACUCUGUGGGGGGCAGUUCUACUCUGUCUUACAGGGUCGCUAUGAGUCGGAAUCAACUCAACGGCAAUGAGUUUGGCUUUGUCCUAAGCUAGGAGGCUUCGAUCUCCUUCUGGAUGAUGUCUGGGAUUUUUUUUUUUUGGCCAUUGUGCUAUAUAAACAUCUGCAGUGUUCUGUCUUUUUUGGGUUUUUGACGCACAGUGGCUUGAAGGGGGUAAAGUACUGAUUAAGGGGUUAGAAAACCUGAAUCCAAACCUGUACCCUGCCAGUUAAUUGAAAAAAUAACACCAAACAAGCCAUUUAUCGUCUCUUUAGUUUUCGUUGUUUUUCAACCUGGGACAUGGAUGUUUUUUCAGGAUACCUGACUCAGGUAUUCUGAAGAUCAAAUCUGUUAAUGUUCAAGAGUUCAAUUCAGUAAAUGAGUGUCUCCUACGUGCCAUACUGGGAAAACACUUCGUAAAUAAUGGAAACAUGAGGUGAAGCCACCAGAACUGAUCAGUUAUAACUUAACUCUGGGAGCACGUAACGUCAAGGUUUAAAAACGAAGUGGAGCGGAUGGGUUUUGAUAUGAACAAUGCCUGGAGGAUUUCCAACAUCAAUGAGAAGUACAAGCUAUGUGGUAGCUAUCCACAGGAACUCAUAGUGCCCGCCUGGAUCACUGAUAAAGAAUUAGAAAGUGUAGCAAGCUUCAGGUCAUGGAAGCGCAUCCCUGCUGUCGUCUACAGGCACCAGAGCAAUGGAGCGGUCAUUGCCCGCUGUGGACAGCCAGAGGUCAGCUGGUGGGGCUGGCGGAAUGCAGAUGAUGAGCACCUCGUGCAGUCAGUAGCCAAAGCGUGUGCCUCAGAUUCCCGAUCGGGUGGCAGCAAGCCGUCAACCAGGAACAGCUCUCGAGACUUUCCCAAUGGAGGAGACCUUUCUGAUGUGGAGUUUGAUUCUUCUCUGUCAAAUGCUUCAGGAGCAGAGAGUUUAGUCAUCCAACCACAAAAGCUUUUAAUCUUGGAUGCGCGUUCCUACGCAGCAGCUGUGGCAAACCGAGCCAAAGGUGGAGGCUGUGAAUGCCCAGAGUAUUACCCAAACUGUGAAGUUGUAUUUAUGGGGAUGGCAAACAUUCAUUCAAUUCGGAGGAGUUUUCAGUCCCUGCGGUUGCUGUGCACACAGAUGCCAGAUCCGGGAAACUGGCUCUCAGCUCUCGAAAGCACAAAGUGGCUCCACCACCUGGCUGUGCUUCUGAAAUCAGCACUCCUGGUGGUGCAUGCAGUGGACCGUGAUCAGCGGCCGGUGCUAGCACACUGUUCCGACGGCUGGGACCGAACCCCCCAGAUUGUGGCAUUGGCCAAGCUCUUGCUAGAUCCUUAUUACCGAACCAUAGAGGGUUUCCAGGUUCUUGUGGAGAUGGAAUGGCUAGAUUUUGGCCACAAGUUUGCUGACCGGUGUGGUCACGGGGAGAACUCGGAUGAUCUGAAUGAGCGUUGCCCGGUGUUUCUGCAGUGGCUUGACUGCGUCCAUCAGCUUCAGAGGCAAUUUCCUUGCUCUUUUGAGUUCAAUGAAGCAUUCCUUGUGAAACUGGUGCAGCAUACCUAUUCAUGCCUCUUUGGAACAUUCCUGUGCAACAAUGCCAAGGAGAGAGGGGAAAAGCACACUCAGGAACGGACCUGUUCUGUGUGGUCGCUUCUUCGGGCAGGCAACAAGGCUUUCAAAAACCUCCUGUAUUCCUCUCAGUCAGAAGCCGUGCUGUACCCAGUGUGCCACGUGCGUAACCUGAUGCUAUGGAGUGCAGUGUACCUGCCCUGCCCGUCUCCAUCCACCCCUGUGGACGACAGUUGUGCGCCAUACCCAGCUCCAGGCAGCAGCCCUGAUGAUUCACCCCUGAGCCGGCUACCAAAGACUAGAUCAUUUGACAAUCUGACCACAGCCUGCGACAACACAGUGCCUCUGGCCAGCCGGCGCAGUAGUGACCCGAGCCUGAAUGAGAAAUGGCAGGAGCACCGGCGCUCACUAGAACUGAGCAGCCUGGCAGGUCCCGGGGAGGAGCCUCUGGAUGCUGACAGCCUGGGGAAGCCAGCCAAAGUGUUAGGGGGCGCUGAGCUGUCUGUUGCAGCUGGAGUGGCCGAGGGGCAGAUGGAGAACAUUUUGCAAGAGGCCUCCAAAGAGGAGAGUGGGAUAGAGGAGUCUGCCCGUAGAGGGGACCUUGAGAUGCAAGAGGUCAAAGAGGAGGCUGUCUUAGAAAAGGAGAGCAGGAGGAAGAUGCCCGAGGGCUCAGCCAGUGUAGUUGAUAAAGAACCAGAGCUGGAUAUUGCUGCCCUGAGGAGCCAUCCAGGCACUAACCUGUCUGUGUUCUCACAGGGUAUUCCUGAACAGCAAGGUGGGCACAGUGUUCUCUCCAGUCCGCUCCAGGAGCCCUGCAGGGGAGAGGGCUCCCAGGAGAUCCCUGUGGAGCAGCCUCAAAUAGGAGAUAUCCCAGGGAAUAGGGAGGAAGCAGUUCUUCCAGUCCCAGUAGAUGCAGAAGUUGCCUAUGGUACCUCACAGUCAAGUUCUCUGCUGCCCCCCCAAGUCCCAUUUGAGGUCAGAGGACCAAAUGUGGGCAGUUCCAUGGAAAUGUUAGUGGAAGACAAAGUGAAGCCAGAAAAUGGGCCCCAAGGCCAUCAUAGACCUUGCCUGGUAAACAGUGGCAGUUUCAGUGGCAAGGACAUACCUGGCCAAGCCGUGGAGCCCAGGGCUUCAGAGAGGAGUCUGGCUGAGAGGCCCCACGUGGGGCCUGAGGUACGCAGGACUUCCCCUGGCCACACUCGCAGUCCAACGCGUUCUCCUCGUGCCUUGCCUUUAGCCGGAUGUAAAGAGGGGAUUGUAUGCAAUGGUGCCCCAGAGACUGAAAACAAGGCCUCAGAGCAGCCCACAGAGCUUAGCAUUCUCCCGAAGUACCCCACACCCAAUGGGCACUGUGCCAACGGUGAGGCUGGUAGGAGCAAGGACUCCCUGAGCCGCCAGCUGUCUACUAUGAGUUGCAGCUCCACCCACUUACACUCAAGGAACUUGCACCACAAGUGGCUACACAGCCACUCAGGGAGGCCAUCUGUGACCAGCAGCCCUGACCAGCCUUCUCGCAGCCACCUGGAUGAUGAUGGCAUGCCUGUCUACACGGACACUAUCCAACAGCGCCUGCGUCAGAUUGAGUCGGGCCAUCAGCAAGAAGUGGAGACCUUGAAGAAGCAAGUCCAGGAGCUGAGGAGUCGCCUGGAGAGCCAGUACCUGACCAGCUCCCUACGUUUCAAUGGGGACUUUGGGGAUGAAGUGACUUCAAUCCCCGACUCGGAAAGCAAUCUGGAUCAGAACUGUUUGUCUCGCUGCAGCACAGAGAUUUUCUCUGAAGCCAGCUGGGAGCAGGUGGAUAAACAGGACACGGAGAUGACCCGUUGGCUUCCUGACCACCUGGCUGCCCACUGCUAUGCGUGUGACAGUGCCUUCUGGCUCGCCAGCAGGAAGCACCACUGCAGGGACACUGACCGUGUUGAUCAAACGUGGAAUUGUGGGAAUGUAUUCUGCUCCAGUUGUUGUAACCAGAAGGUUCCAGUUCCCAGCCAGCAGCUCUUUGAACCCAGUCGAGUGUGCAAGUCUUGCUAUAGCAGCCUGCAUCCCUCGGGCUCCAGCAUUGACCUUGAACUGGAUAAGCCCAUUGCUGCCACUUCAAACUGAAGCUUAAGUGACCUGGGGCAGAGGCCAAGCUGCUGUUCUCCGGACAGGCCCACACAUCCUGGGCAGACUGAGAGGCCCGUGCACUUUGGAUUGGGGGCAUGGAACCACCUGUGCAGAGUGACAGAAUUUUGGGAUGUACCACUGGAUUGUAGAUUGAUUUUUUUUUUUUCCUGUUCCCACUCUCCCUUUUCCAUUCUCCCUCUGCCCUCAAAAAAGAAAAAACUCCCUGAUUGUCUUAAAUUUUUUUUUAAUGGAAGGCCAGAGGUUGCCCAGCCACCUGUAACUGCCAAGCUGCCUGCUGUCAGGCUAAGCUGCGGGUUGACUUGGCUCCUUGGGGUGGGAGGAGGCUGGUCAGAGCCAGGAGUGGAGGCCCGAGACAGUGAGCACAGAAGAAAAUCAGUGUUAAUGUUUGUAACCAUUGUUCAUGUCAUCACCAAGUUAGAGCUGGUCGGAAACCUUUGCUGCUGAGAGGCCAGAGGUGUCUUCCCCAAAAGCAUGUCCCGGGUGCCUUCUCCCAACUGAUAGAAAAGUAAAUGGAGUAGUUGUUUGUGGGGAGGGACACGGAGUAAAUGGAACCCCAAAGGCCCCCUUUGGGGAAGGAAAGUGUAUGUCCUCUGAGGCAGGGGAGAGGGGCUAGGAAUGGAUGGCCAGCCCAGCUCCUUGGUAGCAAGGAGCGGACUUCUGUGUUCUCUCCCAUGGGAUUCUGUUCUUAACUUGACCCAGAUUUUACAGGGCUCCCUUCACUUUCAGGGAGUCUGCCUCCCUGGGCUACGCUGUGUAGCACUUCCCACCCUUGGGCAUAAGAUACAAACUGGCUAAAGUGCUGUGGCCAAGCCCAAAGCCUGCCCUGAACCCAGGCAUACCUGGAAUCCCUUUCCGGAGCCUGGUCUCCCAAACAAUCUCUCUUCCUUAGCCAGCACGGGAAAUCCAGACUCAGGGUUCCAAAAAUUCCCCAUCCCCAAACCAAUCAUGGAUUUCCCCAGUAAGGGGUAGUAUCAGCCUUUUAGAGUGCAAGCCUCGGGAAAUGGGAGCAUGUGCUCAUUACAAUUGGCCUUCCUCCUCCCUCCCACCUUGGGGCAGCAGGAAGAGCUCAACCAGGCUCCCCCGCACUGGCCUGUUCCUGUGGUGCCUGCGUGAGCACUGUCUGGCCGUUGGCCAGCAGUGAGGGGUCAUAUGGUGAAUCUGCAGGGUUGCAUAGAGAUGUGACAUGGCCCAUAGGAGAUUCAGGGCAUCUCUCCUCCGUAAGCUUUGAUGUGGUCCAAAAAAGAGCUUCAGUCAAGACUGGGGUGGAGGUAGGUAUGGGAAGGGUGGAGAGGAGCUUAGGUUUGUGCUUUGUAACCUUGGUGUCCAUGUUUUGUGCCUGCCCUCCCUCUCAGGGGAAGGGCCAUGCUUGGCUAUGCUCAAGCUACUGACUGGUAUCAGGAUGGAUUAUGGCAAGGGGCAGGGGUAAGGUCAGGGAGCACUCAGUUGUGAUCCUGCCCUGUACACCUCUUCCCGUUUGUUAGUAGUUCCCUGGUCUCAGGAAGGUGGCCUCUCUGUGUGCCUGGGGUUGGUUAACACAUGGCCCGAAGCCUUCCCUGGAGCUGUCAGUCUAGGCAAAGUCAGGAGAAACUGAGCAUGUCUCUGACUUCCCAGGACAUCAGGUUCCUUGGAGUUUGAGUUUAGUGAAACAGGGUGUAGCUCUUCUCCAUACUCUGAGUGGUCUGGCCAUGCAGGUAGGGAGAAGUUGGUCUAAUUAAGGAUUGUGCAGUUCCUAGUGACAGGUGCCAAGAGGUUACGAUACGGGUUUCUUGGUGUGAUGUACAGUGUGAAUAAGUGCUUGCAGCUCUUAGUCCUUUUUGGUCAAUGAAGCACUUUUUUAUUAAUAUUUUUCUUUGUAUGUGAACAAGGAACCGUAACUCUCCAUAGCUGUACAUAUAACCCUUUUCUCCUAAAGAGGAGUCAGUCAUUGCUCCUAUAUUUUUCAUUUUUUGUCAAAGCAAGAAGUAAAUACUUUAGAACUGUUAAAUAUAUAAAUAAAGUGAAUAAAGUUUAGUGUUGCACAUGGUAGCAUUUGCUAACACUUCCUGAUUCUCUUCCCUGUGACUUAUCCCCUCUUUGUCCCAUUUCCCUCUUACCCAGGAGAAACUGGGUUGAGGUGCUGCUGGGAAACUGGCCCUUUGGCAAAGGAAAACUGCACGUUUCUUUUCAAUUCUGGACCUUGGCAAAGAGCGGAAGCCCGAGCACUGAAAACACUUUCUUGAUGAUUUUGCUCCUAACAUCGCCCAAGCUAAAAAAGACAAAACCAUCAGGCGUCCAAACAAUCAGCCCUUCUUCCUUGUGUGGAGAAUUGACAUCAGUAGUGAUUUAAACUCCCUCUGGUCUCCAGGCUUUUUGUUUGCCUCUGCUGCUCUGAUUCCGGGGCAGCCAGUCCUCAGGCCCCUUAGUUCCCUGCACCCAGGAGCAUCAGCGGCAUCCAGAGCGGCAGGUAGGUACAGGGCCUCUUGUGCAGAGUAGAAAGAGAUGUGGUGGGGAGGACUAGAAAAUGCGACUGCCUGGCCUUCUUGGACAAUUGAAAUUUGGGUGGGCAGAGAGAGAACUGGGGACAGACACUGAACUGGAUGUGGUUAGAUUCUGCACCUAACUAGAGGUUUCCCUUCCCAUUCCAUCCACACAGAAAGAGGAAUCCCUGCUCCUUGGAUUUGCAACCUCUGCUUCCAACCAAGCAAGGCCAUAGUAUCUAGUCACUUCUUGACUAGCUCUUGCUCGUCACACAGGUGGAUUUUCUUUCCCGUGCAUCACUGUUGGGACAGGCUUCCCAUCUCAGGGGUCUGUGAGUGAGAUAUUUCAUGCAGUUCCUCCCUAGGAAAGAUUGGUGUUGAGUGGUAUCCGACUCUGGGGUUACCAGCCCGUCAUCUCUGUAGUGAGUUGGCUGGGCUCCAAACAGUGACCCUGUUCAGAGACUUCCUGAAGGCCUGAAGCCUUAGGGGUCAGGAUCUCCAGAGUCACUUUCUGGACGUACUCUCUGUCUUAAUAACAGCUGAGCCGGUUCCAGUCCGAAAGUUGUGUGGGAUGUCUAGCGUCUAAUUCGGAAUUAACCUGCCUUCAGUCCACCAAGGAGACCUGUCUGUGUGUUCAGACUAAGUUGUGAAAAACUUGAGUGCCUGUCAUAGCCCACGUGUGUCUACACCCAGCUCCUGUAGAUCCUGCGAUCUCGUGUUGGGGCGGUAGAUGAGCAGCUGGGAGUAGGAAGAUGAAGCUCACACGGGCCAGGAUACUGGUGAGACUGACGGUGCAUCUCCGUGGGCAGGGCUUAUGCCCUGCUAGCUGGCCUGUGGAGGAGUUUGGUCUGAAACAGAGGGGUACUGGCAGUAACCUUGAGCUGCCAGGAUGUCAUCCUCAGCUCUCAUUUCCUGGCCCACACUUAACACUUCCCCUCUUUCCAUACUUUGGGCCCCUUAACUCCACUCUAAAAAAUGGUACGGCACGCAAACUUCCAGGGCUGCCGUAAUCCACUGGGGUUUCCUAGUGACGAUGUAUAAAAAAUGUUCUCUUAAGUGAUUUUGCUAAUGUGCUUACUGUUAAUUUUCAUGUUAGAAAAGAAUAUUCUCAGAAUUAAAAAGGUACUGUGGCAGACUUAAAAGAGAAUGAAUAAAACCACGCCAGAAGAUCUGUUAAUUUUCAGCUAUUAAAAACUAUCAAAAUGGGAAUUGAGGGCAUAUCCUAGAAUCAGAUUACAAGCGUUUGUCCUUCAAAUAGCUGAUAUGCUUGGCCGCUUACACCCGAGGCUAGGAGGGCCCUGUACCUAUUGAAGUUGUUAGCUCUAGCUCUGCCAUCUAUUGAAUUUUUAAGAACGAGGGCUGAUUGGAAGGUACUGUUGCAGGGUUUCAUUUUUUUCUGUUCAAGUGACCUGUCCUCAGGGCUGCAGCUGCAGCCCUGAUUGUAAUAACUGAGAAUGGCUACUGGCAGUAGAACAGGAGAGUUAAAAGUUGGGCCCUGGCUGUAGAGCAAAAUGGCUGGCUCUUCAACAGGAGUCCCGGCUGUUUAAUGUCCAGUCACAUCUUCAAGGAAGUUGUUCUAAGUUGAGGUUACAUGAUUUCUCAAGGGCAGAACUGACUGCUAAACAUGAUGCCCACUGUCCCAGCACAUAACCAAACUGAAGCUUUGUUCCUCUCGGGCGUGUGCAGAGUUCAUCCACUGCACAUUCCAUACAGAUACCAGCUGCCCCUGGCCCCUCCCUAGGGCCUGCAGGUCUCCCGAACCAUGAGAGGUACAAGAAGAGGAAGAGGAGGGAAUACUCUCUGAAAUGUUUUUUUUUUAAUGCUGCUCUUGUGUUUUAUUUAUCACAUAGGGUCUUUUCAAUCAUAUCCGAGUUCUUAGUCAACUUUUCUUAGUGCUCAUAGCAGUUGCGUUGAUAUUUUAAGUGGAAUUUUACAUCGGCAUUCAAAUUGACCUUUAACCGCUUUCCAGUUGUUUUUUAAAAAAGAAAACCUGUGAGGCUGAGAUGCAGUUUAAGACAUAGAUUGUGUUGCUGCUGACAGUUGUGCUGCCUGUUGUAAUAGCACUUAUUCUGUGGGAGCCUCAGUGACCGCUGAAAGAAGCUAAAUAAACGUGUCGUUUUCACCCACAGUUUUUCAGCCCUUAGGUUUGGUUUGCCCCUUGGAGGUCACUGUGGUUCUCUAUUCAGUGCUGUGAUAGUGUCAUGUGUGAGGGAUGAAUCAGCUCAGCCACUUAGUCCAGGAAAGAGGUGGCUUGGGAAGGAGGGGGCAGCAGGGAGUCUGAGGUCAUCUAGUUCCAUGGUUUUCAGACUGUGUGGGGGGACGAUUGUGGGGUGAUGGGCCCCAGGCCCAGCUGAUUUGAGAAAGCUCUGGUACUUAAAAGUCUGAAAAACACUGAGUUAACCCAGUCUCCUUAUUCACUGAGGAAACUGAGACUCAGGGAGGGGCAUAGACUUAUCCGGGGUUACCCUGUGAGUUACCAGCAAAGUUUUAAUAAGAGACCUGCUCGCCUGAUCCCCUCCCCUCAGUGCUCUUUGGAAUACACAAAACAACCAGUUGCCUUCAAGUUGACAGCAACUCAUGACGACCCCAUAUGUGUCAGAGUAGAACUGUGCUCCUUAGGGUUUCCAGUGGCAGAUUUUUUGGAAGUAGAUUGUCAGGCCUUUCUUCCAGGGCAUCUCUUGGUGGACCCAAACCUCCAAUCUUUUGGGUAGCAGCAGAAUGAGUUAAUCAUUUCCAGGAACUCCAGACAGAAAACAACCUUAUAUAAAUAGCAGUUUUAUCCUGGUUCUCUUUCAGUUAGCCAAACCAGAAAUUUGGAGAGGAGCUUAGUGGUUGCUAUCAGAAGGCUUAAAUUGUGAGCCCUCCUCUCCCUCCUAACCAAAAUCAAAAGGUUUUGAUAGUGUAGUCUAGUGUUUUUGUUUUCUUUACCUUUCCAAAUGUAAAAACAAAUGAUAAUGUUACUAGCCUGAAUCGUCUAAUUUCAAAUUAUAACAUUAUCGUAAGUCUGGGGGGGUGGAGGGGAGGGGAGCAAUUUUGACUAAUGCAAAUGGGCUAGUUGUUGCAGACUGUCUCAACAUCAGAAUCCAAUUUCAGAAUUUUGUUUUGGUUAACAGUGUGGAGAAGAAUUCCUGACUUACAUAGAUGUGUUGUUGUUUGCUGCCGUGAAGUUGGUUCUGACUCAUAGUGACCGUAUAUGCAAUGGAAUGAAACACUGCCUGGUCCUGCACCAUCCUCACAGUCGUAGCUGUGUUUGAGCUGAUUGUUGCAGCCACUCUGUCAGUCCAUCUCAUUGAGGGUCUUCCUCAUUUUCCCUGACCCUUUACUUUACCAAGCACGAUGUCCUUCUCUAGGACUGGUCUGUCCUGAUGACGCGUCCAAAGUACGUGACACAAUGUCUCGCCAUCUGUCACUUCUAAGGAGCAUUGUGGCUGUACUUCUUCCAAGACACAUAGAUUUUGUUCAUUCUUCUGGCAGUCCACGGUAUAGUUAAUAUUCUUUGCCAGUACCAUAAUUCAAAGGAAUUAGUUCUUCUUUGGCCUUUCUUACUCACUGUCCAGCUUUCACAAGCAUAUGAGACAAUUGACUUAGUCCUCAAAAUGACAUCUUUGCUUUUUAGCACUUUAAAGAGGUCUUUUGCAGCAGAUUUGCCCAAUGCAGUUUGUCAUCUGAUUUCUUGACUGCUGCUUCCAUGGGCAUUGGUUAUGGAUUCGAAUAGAAUGAAAUCCCUGACAACCUGAACCUUUUCUCCGUUUAUCAUGAUGUUGCUUAUUAGUCCAGUUGUGAGGAUUUUUGUUUUCUUUAUGUUGAGGUGCAAUCCAUACUGAAGCCUAUGAUCUUUGAUCUUCAUCAGUAAGGUUGUGUCAUCUGCAUAACGCAGGUUGUUAAUGAGUCUUCCACCAAUCCUGAUGCCCUGUACUUCUUCAUAUAGUCCAGCUUCUCAGAUUCUUUGCUCAGCGUGCAGAUUGAUUAAGUAUGGUGAAAGGAUGCAACCUUGACGUACACCCUUCUUGACUUUAAACCGAUCAGUAUCCCCUUGUUCUGUUUGAACAACUGCCUCUUGAUCUAUGUGUAGAUUCCUCAUGAGCACAAUUAAGUGUUCUGGAAUUUCCAUUUUUCGCAGUUAUUCAUAAUUUGUUAGGAUCCACAGAGUCAAAUGUCUUUGCAUAGUCAGUAAAACAUAGGUAAACAUCUUUCUCAUAUUCUUUGCUUUCAGCUGAGAUCCAUCUAACAUCAGCAGUUACAUCCCUCAUUAUCUGGGAGUUCCCUGUCAGUGUACUGCUGCAACUGUUUUUAAAUUAUCUUUAGCAAAAAUCUACUCACGUAUGAUAUUGGUCCAUAAUUUUCACAUUCUAUUGUAUCACCUUUCUUUGGGAUUGACACAAGUAUGGAUCUCUUCCAGUCGGUUGGCCAGGUAGCUAUCUUCCAAAUUUCUUGGCAUAUAUGAGUGAGUGCUUCCAGUGUUGCCAGUGUCGCAUCCAUUUGUUGAAACAUCUAAAUUGGUAGUCUGUCAGUUCCUGGAGCCUUUUUUUUUUGGCCAGUGCCUUCAGUGCAGCUUGGACCUCUUCCUUCAGUACCGUCAGUUCUUGAUCAUAUGCUGCCACCUCAAAUGGCUGAACAUUGACCAGUUCUUUUUGGUACAGUGACUCUGUGUAUUCCUUCCAUCUUCUUUUGAUGCUUCCUGCGUUGUUCAAUAUUUUACCCAUAGAAUCCUUCCAUAUUGCAAUUUGAGGCUUAAAUUUUUUUCUUCAUUUCUCUCAGCUUGAGAAAUGCUGAGUAUGUCCUUCCCUUUGGUUUUCUAACUCCAGGUUUUUGCACAUUUCAUCAUAACACUCAAGCUGCCCUUUGAAAUCUGUUCAGCUCUUAGUUCAUCAUGUCGUCCUUUCACCUUAGCUACUCUAUGUUCAAGAGCACGUUUCAGAGUCUUGUGACAUCCAUUUUGGUCUUUUCUUUCCUGUUUUUUAAAUGAUCUUUUUGCUUUCUUCAUCUAUGAUGUCAUCGUACAGCUCGUCUGGUCUUCAGUCGUUAGUGUUGAAUGCGUCUAAUCUAUUCCUGAGACUGUCUCUAAAUUCAGAUGGGAUAUACUCAAGGUUGUACUUUGGCUGUCAUGGACUUGUUUUAAUUUCUUCAGCUUCAGCUUGAUCUUGCAUAUGAGCAGUUGAUGGUCUGUUCUGCAGGUGGUCCCUGGCCUUCUUCUGACUGAUGAUACUGAGGUUCUCCAUCGUCUCUUUCCACAGAUAUAGUUGAUUUGAUUCCUGUGUGUUCUAUCUGGUGAAGUCUGCUUGUAUGGUCACUGUUUAUGUUGUUGAAAAAAAGGUAUUUGCAAUGAAUAAGUCAUUGGUCUUGCAAAAUUCUGUCAUGCAAUCUCCAGCAUUGUUUCUGUCAUGAAGGCUAAAUUUUCUAACUUCUGGUCCUUCUGUUUUGUUUCCAACUUUCACACUCCAAUCACCAGUGAUUAUAAGUGUAUCUUGGUUGCAUGGGUGAUCGAUAUCAAAUUGUAGAAGUUCAUAGAACCUUCAGUUUCUUCAUCUGUGGCCUUAGUAGUUGAUGCAUAAAUCUGAAUAAUAGGCAUAUAAACUGGUGUUCCUUGUAGGCGUAUGGAUAUUAUCCUAUCACUGACAGCAUUGUACUUCAGGAUAGAUCUUGAAAUGUUCUUUUUGAUGAUGAAUGUGACACCAUUCCUCUUCAAUUUGUCAUUCCUGGAAUAGUAGACCAUAUGAUUGUCUGAUUCAGAAUGGCCAGUGCCAGUCCAUUUCAGCUCACUGAUGCCUAGGAUAUCAAUGUUUAUGCAGCCCAUUUCAUUUUUGAUGACUUCCAAUUUUGCUAGGUUCAUACUUUGUACAUUCCAUGUUCUGAUUAUCUGUGGAUGUUUGCAGCUGCUUCUCAUUGUGAGUCAUGCCACAUGAGCAAAUGAAGGUCCCGAAAGCUUGACUCCGUCCACAUCAUUAAAGUGGACUCUACUUUGAGGAGGCAGCUCUUCCCCAGUCAUAUUUUGAGUGCCUUCCAAUCUGAGGGGCUCAUCUUCUGGUACUAUGUCACACAGUGUUCCACUGCUGCUUAUAAGGUUUUCACUGGCCGAUUUUUUUAGACGUAGAUCACCAGGUCCUUCUUUCUAGUCUAUCUUAGUCUAGAAGUUUCGCUGAAACCUGUCCACCAUGGAUGACCCUGCUGGUAUUUGAAAUACUAGUGGUAUAGCUUCCAGCAUCACAGCAACAUGCAAGCUACCACAGAGCAACAAACUGACAGACAAAAUUCCUGACUUACAUAAAUGGUUGCAAAUGAUAAUAGUCAUAGCUCGCCUACAGUCUCUGGUUAUUAUUGACAAACCCGAAGUUGGAGCUUGGAAAAGAAAGACUAAUUGAAUAAUAUCCAACACCUUUCGUCCUUACGUUGCAUAUUAUCAGGUAAGAAACAUCUAAAGGUUAUAAUCACUAAAAUUAUGCAAUGGUGAGAACUGCUAGGUAUUGACUGUGGCUUGGUCUGAUGAUCACAGUCCCAGGCUAGGGCCCUCCCAAUCAGUGACCCCCUUAUAUGACCCCAGAGAAGUCCCUACAUGCACAGCAAGGAAGGCCUUACUAUGAGGUCCCCAGGCACCCUAAGUUCAUGCGUGUGUGUUAAACACUGAGUGUACAUGUUAAAGAUGGUUUUUAGUAUUUAAAAUGGCAUUUGAAGCAAAUGUUUGCAAAGGGCCCCUGAAGCGCUGCCACAAAAGCCAGUUAGGUGGAAAGAGCCUGGCUCUGGAGGCCACAGACCUCCAAAGGUUUGGAACCCCAUCCCUGUGCUGGCCACUGCAUUAACUGAAGGUGGGUUAUGAAUGCUCUCUGAGCCUUUUUCUCAUUUGUGACAGAGCACUUGGCGUUUAAGAAGGGUUUGAAGGUUGUGUGCUUGGUAAACGCUCCUUCCUCCACCAUUCCAUAGGUGAGAUGGGACUUCUGGCGGCACUGAAUGGUCAGAGCCUGACAGCGCUUUGGCUCCACCACAUACUAGAACGAGAAGACAAGUGACCCUGCCUUGGCUUCUUCCGCAUAAAACCCAUAAACCCAAACCCAUUGCCGUCAAGUGGAUUCCAACUCAUAGCAACCCUAUAGGGCAGAGUAGAACUGCCCCAUAGGGUUUCCAAGGAGCGGCUAGUGGAUUUGAACUGCCCACCUUUUGAUUAACAGCUGAGCUCUUAACCACUGCAGCACCGGAGCUCUCUUCUUCCACAUACAGGGAUAUAAUUUUGACCUGGAAGUAUUCUCCUUUGAGUCUUACACUGAAUGGGAGACUUAAAAGUUCAUCUGUGUAUUUUAUUAAAGAGUUAAAAAAAAAAAAAUCUUUAAAAGCAUGCAGGUAUUCUGGUACAUGGGUGCUUUAAAACUAAGUGGUAAUCUUGUGUAAAAGCAAUGAGAAGUGGGCUGAGCAAGAGUUUUUUUUUUUUUGCAACAGAAACUGCUUGUUGGGGUUGAGUCAGUACCUAAGAGCUCUAGAAGCCCUGCCAUGGCAGAAAUCCUGGGGGAGAUCAGGGUGGCCCCACUUUACUGAGAACUGAUGAAUUAUUUUUUUCUGACUAAAGACUGAGUAGUAAGAUGUUGCGAGUCUCUGGGCGGUGCAAAUGGGUAACACUUAGCUACUAUCUUUAAGGUUGGAGGUUCAGGCCCACCCAGAGGCACCUUGGAAGAAAGGCCUGGCAGUCUACUUUCCAAAAAUCAGCCAUUGAAAACUCUAGGGAGCACAAUUCUACUCUGACGCACAGGAUUACCAUGAGUCGGAAUUGACUCAACAGCAGUAGGUGUAGUACGAUGUUGCAGACCAGCUCUGCCAGGCUGAAGUGGGAGGUGCAGCCAGCUGUGCCUUACCUCAGUGCAGCAUAAGUAUGCGAGGCAAAGGCCUGGGCCCAGGCUGUGCGCUGUAGCGAGAAAGCCCCCAUGAAUAUCCCAGAGCCCUAGUUGAGAAAGGGAAGUAGAGACCUUGCAUUCACUUAGUCCUUCUUCCCAUCUCCCAGUGCCAGAGGGGCCCGGAGUUGGUGAACAUGUUUCAAGCUCGUCAUCCAAGUUAAAAGCAGACGUGAGUUAGUGGUAAAUAGCUCCCCUACUCUAUUUUGCCAGUUAGAAGAUCAGUCCCUAGAACAGAGGGUUCUUUCAAGUCGUCCAGAAGGUACCAGCAGGCAUACUCUGUACUGGAGGCAGCUCCCAUUUUUGAAGUCCCUACCAACAACAGAUCAGCCUUUGGAAGGAGAUGACUGUAACAGACCAACCAGCUACUGCUUCAGAGACUCCUGGAUCAGUCUGGGAAGAGAGCCUGUAUGCUGAGAAGAUGAGGACCGGUUGAAAUCUAGGCCAGUAAUAGAACUGCCUUGCCUCAGUCAUCUCCCUAAGGCGGGGGGUGCAGGUAAUCAACUGGGAACCCCUGACCCCUGGAAGGGGAUCUUGGUUCCAGUCAGAGUGGGAGGAGGGGGAUUUGAACUCUCUCCACCCCUCUGAUCUUGGAGCAGCAUCCCCAGAGGAGCUCAGGGCCAGCACCACCCCCACCCCCACCUCCCCAGGAGGCAGGCAUUCCUGUGGUUAAUUCAGGGAGAUGGGUAGCAGUGGGAGGCAUUGGUGGUAGGAAGGACCUCAAAGCCUGCCUUCCCUCAGCUGCUGUGCCAACAUCAUGUAAGCUUGAGAGGAUAGGGACAAAUGUAACUGUCACCAGCAGGGCUGCUUUUCUUUCUGCAAAGCUGCCAGCUCCUCUUUCCCCCAUGCCCCACUUUCUCUCCCAAAGGUACCCAAAAGUUAGAGACCCUGGUGCCCAUGUAGGUUCAGGCCAGUGAGCAGGCCAGGUCUCAUGCAGCCAUCUCCCAGAGGUGGCUCUGCCAUGGGCUGAUUGUUAGGCUCAAGACACCAGUGCUGGGCAGCUGCAGGUAGGUUCUGUUUUCUCCUGGAAAGGAAACAAGCUCUUGCUUUUGUUGCUGAGUCUGAGUUGGCUGAAGUGGGAGGCAGACCAAGCCCCUGGUUGCUGAGCUCUGAGGGCUCUGCAGGAAGUGUUCUCCUGGUACUUCCUCGCCCCUCCUAGAAGUGUGGGCAGAAAAGGGGCUCAGGGACUGUAAGGGGACUUUGAACAAACCCCGUAUGUGAAAGCUUCAGCUUAUAGAAGGCAUUAUGGAGGCCAUCUUCAUAGAAGGUUCUACUACAGAAUUUUGUCAGUAGUAUUUUAUAUUUAAAAAUAAUUAUUACACUGUUCACUAUGAAAAACUUAAUACAUAAGUGUAUAUAUAAUU